GAAUGCAUGUCAAGAAUUCUAAAAGCAGAUUCCAAAAGUAACACAAGACCAUACGUGUUCUGGCUGCUCACUUAUUAAAUCAAAUCCAUCUUCAAGCUAGCCAUCAAUUCUGCACGUACAUGAAAAGAACCUAAUCAUGUUUGUUUGAGAUUAGCAAAGAUGAUUCAUCUAAUGUUUACGCUUGUAUUGGCGGAAAUGGCAUUGAUUCUGACCCUCUUGUUCAGAACCCCACUAAGGAAGCUGGUGAUGAUGGGUUUGGACCGGUUGAAACAGGGACGAGGUCGUUUGGUUGCAAAUACCGUGGCUGCAACAAUGACGUUGCUCUUUAGCUCCAUCAUAUAUCAAGCAACCAUAAUCCAUAAACGUUCGGCAGAAGCCAGCAUGGUUAAUCCAACUGAGGAGGUUCUUAUGGCACAACGUCAAUUGGAAGCCUCUCUUAUAGGAUUCUCUCUAUUCCUUGCACUAAUAAUAGACAGACUAUAUUAUCUUAUAAAAGAGCUGUAUCUACUGAGGAUGAGCUUGGAGGCUGCUAUAAUAUUGCACCAGGCAGGUUAGUGCAAAAGGCAAGUGGCCGGGGUGGGGAAGAAGACCAAGAAGGA